AUGCAUGCCACGAUCGACGACCCUCCUCCUCCCGCGACUGACAACGCGCCGUCCGCCAACGUGUCCGUAACGUCCGCAUCUCCUCCGCACUCCGCGGUUUCUGCUUCUCCAAAUGAGCCCGGUCCCUCCCCUCUUCGCCGCUUAAAGUCCAAGUCCUCGCUGUGGAGUCUCGGCAGCAGUAAUCACAGCGCUCAAGAAGAAGAUUCGUGCCCCGCCGAACCCUCCAGCGCCGAAAAGGCCGCCGGGAAGCCGGGCAUCUUCCGUCGGCUGUCGCCCGCCCUCGCAGCUCGUGUGAAGCUGCUCGACAGCACGGCCAAGGUGACCAGCGCGCCGCGCGAUCCCAAAAGUGUCGGUCGGAUACCGGAAGAGCAGUUGAAGGUGUUGGAUAACCAGCACAAGGACCUCUCGAUCAAAGUCGAGAAGCGAGGUCAAGCCUGGUCAGGACCAUUACCGAUUUCCCCUAAUCAACACCCGGAGCGGCUCACGCGAAGCGCGUCCAAUACGCUCGAGGUACCACGGGUGAACCUUGAGGAGGUGAUCGACGCGCAGACUCGGGCGUUUGACUACGCAGAAGCAGUCGCGGACGACGAAGACCUUCCCGAGCGGACUGAAACGCCAGCCCCGGAAGUUGGUUGCGACACGCCUGAGGAUCUUCCAUUGCAAACCACGUCCAUGUCUGUCCCUGAUGCGGAGGUUGCGCCCGCGCAAGCGCUUGCAUCCGCGCCCGUGCCCGUGGACACAAUAGCACCGCUGAAGCACGAGCCCCAGCCUGAUUUCUUGCCCCCAACCGAAGUCGCCCCAGAUACGCGCACGGAUUUUGAGAGAUAUGUCGACGACACGAAACGGAGUGAGGAGCGGUCAGAAGAGCAGGCUCCAACGCCGCCGCCCAAAGAUUCACCCCCGGUCGAUGCCCCAGCGGCCACGUCGGAUUCCCAGUCAUAUUUCAAUCCCAUGGGCCUGCAACGCACAGAAUCAAUAUACUCCUUCUCUCGCGCCUCGUUCAGCAAUCAGUUGUCACAGCUCACUUCGAUACCUCUGCCGCAGCCUGGAGCUCUGGAGGCAAGUAUCAGGAAUAUCCCCACGGCACUGGCUGCGGUUCGAGCUCUGAACGGCGCAGCGGAGCAAAUACAAAUCUGGAUCAGGAAAGCCUCGGACGUGCUGAGUGGGCUGGAUGCCGAGGAUGAUGUGGAAUGGGCAGCGGCUGGUGGACGCGAGGGCCUGGACGGAGUCGACAAGGCUAUCACCCGAUUUGAAUCAUUGGUCAAUGUGUAUGUGCAGGCGAUCGAGAACGUGCAACUUCGGGAUGACAUCGUCGGCGUGGGGGCCGAUAGCCUCACGACGAUUGUCAGUCAGAUGGAGAGUAUUCUACACAACUGGGCGGAGAUUAAAACCAAGUUGCGCGGGGUGAAAGAGCAAGUGGAGUUGGCCAUGGAAUGGGAGGAGCUUUGGUCCAAUGUUCUGGGGGAUGUGGGCAUGGAGAUUGAAAGCCUCAGUGGCAUGAUCUUUGAGAUGGAAGAGAAACGACACCAGGCUCUGCUGGAUCCAGGCGAUUCGGCAGGCGGGCUUGACAUCAACGAACUCGAGACGAUCGUGGAGGAAUCUCCAAACAAGGGCCGGUCCCCCGCCACCAAUCGUCUUACUAUGCUUGCAGCAGCGUCUGGCACGCCCAUUAUCAAGACACCCCAAGACGAUUCGAGCUAUUCCAAUCUGAUGGCCUUGUUUGCGCGCAUGCAGCCACUGCGAGCCUCGCUGGACUUUUUGCCCAUGCGCCUUUCCAUGUUCGAAGCUCGAGCCGAAAGGGUGUUCCCCAGUGCCUGCGAGGAGCUUGACGACAGGCGGGCCCAUCUGGAGAAGAGCUACAAGGUCCUUGAAAACGACGCGGAAGCGUUGCGGAAAGAACUGGGGGAGGAUAAGUGGAUUAUUGUGUUCCGCAACGCUGGUGGCCAGGCUCUGAAGAUGUUUGAAUCGGUGGAACGCAGCAUCGCCAAACUUCAGGAGGGACUCGAGUCCAACAUGCAAUUGCACAACGCAAGCAACAUGACCAAGAGGAUUGAAAAUUACGAGGCGAAGAAGAUGCACUAUGUCCCCGCGAUUGAACGGGUCAUCUCGAUUAUUCAGAAAGGAGUCAACGACCGUUUGACCGUGAAUGGUGAAGUACUCCGGUUGCUCUCCGACAUGACCUCGCGCACGGAUGCUCUCAAAGCAAGUAUUCGCUUCAUGGAUGCCUCCCUUGAAGAUGUCCACAUUGUCAAAGCGCAUCAGUUGCGGGAUUCGAUCUCGAGCAUUGUGACUAUGGACAGUCCCGCUACGGGAAGUGUGAUCGACACGCCGGGAAGUUCACCUGCUUCCUCGGUGGUCAUGAGCGGCAGUGGGUACAAGACGCCUCUGGGCAGCGCCAGUCGUCGUGAGAGCACCGCCAGUAACGCCACGACUCUGUCCGCCAUGGCCAAGGUCCGACGUCUCUCGGGUCUGCCUCAAGUCACUGCAACGUUGACCGGACGCAAGUCGUCGAUUCCCAAGCCCAUGGCGCCGGUGACACCCACGCCCGCAAACCGCAGAAACUCUCAAAUUCCACAACCGUCGACGAUACCGAAACGACCCCGCUGGACCACGAGCACGAAUUUGAAUGAUCUCUAUUCCACCUCCGGCGCCACGUCCAAGAAGAAGGCGUUACCCAGCCGUCCGUCAUCCACCGCUCCUAUUCGACGAGAUCUCUCUGCCUCGCCUGUCCCUCCUGCUUGCCGAUCGCUGAGUCGCAUUUCAAACCGUCUCGCUCCGGCAUCCCAUAGUCCGGUUCGAAACGUUUCAUCUCCCACCCCGAUUCAGUCCUCCCUGCUGGACCCUCCACCUUAUAGUCGUCUCCAACGACCGUCCGGGCUGUCGGCUACGCCUCGUAGCCGACAGAGCUUUGCUGGGGUCCCACAGUCUUUCAGUCGCAGUGUCUCCUCGCAAAGAUACGGGUAUAAUCAAGAAACGCAACUCAGCCCGAGUAAGCCUUCUCGCCCGGGGACUGCGCUGGGACACUCGAGCAAUCGCCGAACAAGUCUUCUUCCCAUGCCAAAGCGGCCGGACAAGGAUCGAUCGGUUUCACAGAGUAAACUGCCUACUCGUCCUCACUGGAGACCAUGA